AUGACCUCGAGAUCCCCAACAAAAGGAAAAACUGCAUUCGCCGCAGCAAAAGGCUCGUACUCACCCGAGAGCGGUUGGCUAUGCAACUGCCCUCUCCCCGCAAACUACCUCCAAGUCGGUAAAGAAGGCGCAAACAAACGCCGCUUUUUCUACACGUGCCAGAAAGGGCGGGAGGAGCAGUGUGGGUUUUUUUUGUGGGCGGAGCCGGAUGCGAGGGUUAGGGAGCAGCAGCAGAGUCCGUUGGUUGUGAAACGAGGACAGGGGAUAAGUACGGCUCGUGAGGUGCUUGAGGCUGGGGCGACGUCGCCGGUGAAGUUACGGGGUGAUGGUCCGGCGAGAGGGACGGCGCCGGCGCUUACGGUUGAUGAUGAGGAGGAUACUCUACCUUGGGGUCCAUCUGACACAGAAGACGUCGACGUACCACGAAGAAACCCAUUGCAGAUGCCGAAGCCUGGUACGGGUAGCAAGGUCGUCGCUGGCCUGCAGACUCCACGGAAAGAACGCAAGACGCUGUCUUCCCUGUCACCUUCGAAACGAAAAGCACUAGAACGGCUGAGUGUGAGCGAUACGAAUACCACAGAUGAGGACAGCGAUUUGGAUAUGCCUAAAGUCAAGAACGAGGGUCUAGCUGGAGCCGCGGCUGCUACAACACCUAGCAGACGGAUCGCUGAUCAUAAUGGAGGAGCUCGAACACCGCCUGAAUCAAAACACCACCGAACGCCCAUGACAUCACGGUUCCAAGCACUCCCUCCGCCACCAGCGACCCCACCCCUCUUCCUCUCCGCAACCCAGAAAUCACAUACGGAUGAACUCACCCAACUCCUCUCUCAACUUCGUACACGAGUACCAGACCUUGCUAGUUCGCUCACUGCAGCCGUAGAGCGACAACGGCGGUUAGCGGAGGGUGCGGUGCGGGGGCGUGAUGCGGCGAGGAAGGCGUUGGGGGAGGAGAGAGAGAAGAGGGAGGGGGCGGAGAAGAGGGUUAUGGACUUGGAGGCGAGGAAUGCGACGAUGGAGGGGAUGAUUAGGGGGUAUAAGGACGAGAUUGGGGUGUUGAGGACGAGGAUGGGUCCGAAUACUAGGAGGGUUUGA